ACUACAACAAUACAUUUAGUGAUGGACGUUAGAUUCUCGAUUCCAGGAGUGGUAACACGCAGAUUCAUUAGCGAAGCCAAGGGAAGAGGCCUGUUUGCCGAGAAGCAGUUCGAGAAGGAUGAGGUUAUCUUCACGGAACCACCCCUGUUUGCUGUGCAACAUGUCUAUAACAGACCAAUUGCAUGGACCUGUGGCAAUUGCUUCCGCUUCCUCGGCUCACUCAACCGUCAGAUUAAUCACUAUCGCCGCCUGUUCAACCUCAAGGACAAGACCGAGCUGGUGCCUCUGCCCGACAACACCACAGCCACACCACACGAGUUCCAGACUGCGGUGCUCAGCUGCUUUGCCAAGUGUGGUGAGAAGUACUGUUCAGAGGCAUGCCGUCAGACGGCCUUCCAGAAUCACCACCAGAUCCUGUGCGUGGGCGAGCAUACACCAGAGACCAGCGCACUCUAUCAGUUUAAGAAGCACGCUAUUGAGACGAACGAGUUGUUCUUCUUGGGUGCACAGGUUAUUGCCUACCUUAUAUCUACGGUGGUGCACGCCAAGGAGGCAGCACCAGGCGAGCCACGCAUCAUUGACAUCAUCUGUCAGGAACUGUUCCGUCAGUAUGCUCAUCGCGUAUGGUGGGAGGUUCGUGUCGAUGGUAAUUUCACCGAGCAAGAGGCCAAGCAAUGGGCCACCGAGUCACUGGCGUUGCUUCAGAAGGCAUUGGUGCCUGUUCUCACAUCGCAUCCCAAGACCAACGACCAGCAGUUCAUCAGCACUCUGCUCAGCAUGGAGUUCUACAGCCACGUUCUCGGCAUGCUAGAGAUGAACGAUAAUAGCAUCCGCUUUAAAUCACCACUCGAGAUGUUCCGUCGCGAACUAGACGAUAUGUCUGCACCAGAGCAGUACAAGAAGCACUCAAACAACGUACUCAAGGGCGUGGUCGGUGCAUUCAGACAGUACCACAUGGAGCAAGAGGAGGACUGCGACGAGACUGACUGCAACCAUCACGAUCACAACCAUAUGAAUGAUGAUCAUAAGCAUGACCAUCACGACCAUUCAAAUUGCCAUAGUCACAGUCAUGGUAAUGAGCACGCACAUGGUCACAGUCAAGGCAAGAGCGAAGAGGAGGAAGAGGAGGAGGAAGAGGAGAUGGAGGUUGAUGGCAACGAUGACGAUGAGGAGGAAGAGGAAGAGGAGGUCUUCCCAGAGUUUGAUGGAUUUGGCUUGUUCGGUCUGCAGGCCAUGGUCAAUCACAGUUGCGAACCAAACUGUCUGGUGGCAUUCGAGGGCACCAAUCAAGCGUACAUCAAGGCAUUGAGGAGGAUAGAGCCAGGCGAGGAGUUAUUCCACACAUACAUAGAUGAGAACACACCAUUUGAAGAGAGAGAGCAAGAGUUGGUCACUUAUGGCUUCAAGUGUGAUUGUGCAAAGUGUCAUCGUGAGAGACCAAAGACAACGUCAUCAACAUCAACAUCCACCAACUCU